CUGGCCGGCUGAUGAUCAAGGUUACCGAUGAUCGAGGGACUGCUGACUGCGGUUCAAAGUGCUGCAAUUUACUCCCGCAGUUCAGUUCAAGUGUGUUUAUUCCGCUGUAGUCUUGCAUCCUCCUUAGUAUUGAUGCGUUGAUGAAUUAACCUGAUCAUGCCGUACGUGUUUGUGAGCACCCAGAUAAGGCUUGAAUGUGGCCCAACAAUUUGCGGCGAUGAGCAGUCAGACCCUGAGCUGAUGCAGUAUCUGGGGGCAACACUCACCAAACAGUUUGGAAACAACUUCAAAGAAUGGAGGUCAGAGUUGCUGCCUAGAGUGGUGCUGGACAGGUUGGAGGGCAGGGGUUAUAGGGUCAUCGCUGCGACGGGAAUGGGUCAAACAAUGGUGUGGACGCUGCACAGGAAACGUUUGGAGCUUACGUGAUUGCCGGAGAAAUGAACUGCUGAUAAGUGGAUACUACAAAUUACGACAGACAUACAUGUAUUUCUUACAGACAACUUCACUUUGUCAGUACUUAUUGUCUUCAGUACUGAACAUAUGCACAAAAAAGUUCAUUGAAAACUUACAAAGUUUUUAAAACACAAAAUAUUUAUCUGACGAUGAGUACAAUUUCUUGAAUUUAUUUUGAAUUUUUAAAAGUUUUUUAAGUUAGACUUUGAUUUUACAUAUUUGCUGAUAAGUGAUAUGCCUUAUUUGUACAACCUUUAUCUCAUAAGUCAUUGCUUGCUUGGAGAUGGCAAGGACUGCGCAUAUAGGUAGCAUGUAGACCAGAUAGUACACUAACCCUAAGCCCUCCCAAAUCUUUCAAAAUCCAUUAAGAUUUUGUAGGAUUUAGGAAUGCACAGUCUUGCCCAUAUUACUCUACAUGGAACUUAAUGCUCCUCGAUAAAGAAUGUGCCAUAAUGGAGUCCUGCAUAUACAUGAAGGGUGGAUUUUGGAGGACACAGGAAGGUUCCAAACAAAAUGCCAUGAAUGUGUAGGGAGCUACCUAAGGAUCAACAUGAUUUUUUAUGCUCAGUGCCAAAAAGAAUAGAUAUGACAGCAGUCAUGUGGGAUGACAUAGCACCCAACGACCGGUAGGGGUGAGAUUGCAAGAUUUUGCCCUUUGAAGCACAUAGGAUCAUUUGCAAACCUUGAUUGAAGAUAGGACUGGUAUAAUACCCUGUAAAAUUAUUCUGCCUGAAAUGGUAUCAUAUUUGGAAGAAAGCUCUAACAUUGAAGGUGGUUUCAAAAUAGGGUGCCAUUGGCACUUUUUGAUACGUGUCAGCAACAGAAUGCAGAUACAGAACCCAAAAAUCGUGCGCAAGUUUACUGUUUUUUCUCAAAAUGCAUACAGGUGGUAUGCACUGAGCAGAACAUUUAACAGGAUAAUUGUUACACACCCUACUUAAGAUUUGGAGCAAAUUUGUUGCGUCAAACAAAACAAUCCACAAGAGCAAAUGAUCCUGUAAUGUUUUAGAUGCCGUGGGCUCUGUGACAGCUUUUGAGAAAAAUUUCAAUUUACUGAGUGGGACUCGAACCCAUAACCUGGUAUCUCCAGUGAUUGGCAUCUUGUAAGCAUACAAUAAGUUCCAGCCUUGCGGAGUAUUAGCUUGUACAGUGUUUUCCCCACUCUCUUCCCUAGAUAUAGACUUUUUGUAUUAACGAGAGUCAACUGUAGUUAGGUUUCAGUCAAUAUUCCUUUUGAAAUUCCCUCAAAUGAUUGGACAUGUUCUUUUGUUGAACGGUGCAAACAGCCCUGUAUUGGACUAAAUGAAAACAAAUCGUUUUAUGAAUAUCAUUGUUGUGGUUACAUGGUAAACUGGGGGUGGGAACAUUUUAUAUUUGAAUGGUAGGGGUAAUUAUAACAUGCCCACAGAUUCUGUAUCUUGAUAGGCCGAGAGCGAGUCACAUGGCAUUCGCUAUUUUUGCUAUCUUGCUGUGCACGGCUAAAGGUACUAUAUGGGCUCCGUGCGCCAACAAAAGAGGUGCGUUUUUACCACUUUUGAGAGCCAUGUGGAAGGGACACACACCGAGUGCGUACCAUACUGUACUGGUUCGCAUGCGAAGUAUGCACGACUUUGAAUGUGCCAAAGCGUGAGCGUCAAGCGUCAUCGGCGCACGAAUGCGUUCAAAUUUAACUUGCGAUGGUCUCCCAGACUAAUUCCCACCCCCAAUAACUUUGGAUCAUUCAAAAUACGCAGAGGAUGGGAGCAGGAACCAGUCUAGGUCUUCCCCAACUCUCCUUUUCUGGCUAUUGAAGGGGUACUUAAGUGCAGAGCCCAUACCCGUAGCAGCCAAAAGUACUAUACACAUAGCAACCAAAGUACUAUACUCGUAGCAGCCAAAGUACUAUAACUGUAGCAACCAAAGUACUAUUACCGUAGCAACCAAAGUACUAUAACCGUAGCAACCAAAGUACUAUACGCCUAGCAACCCAGUAUUGUGUGCAAAUGCAUAGGGGAGUGUGAAUUGCGCAUAUUCCCAAGCGCUAUAUAGGGCUACGGAACUGGGUUCAAGCAUUUCGUGAUGGGAUAGUUUGGAAAAGUGCUAGUCAAGUUUCAACUAAUUUCGUAUUCAAAUCGAAGUACAUUUUAAUUGCAUUUAGAUUAAAUUAAUCAGUUAUCGCUUAAAAUCAAGGAGAAUCUGUGGGCGAGUUGUUAUAAAACAAUAUUGACUGCUUUAUCUCGUGGUGUAGUAAAACUAUCCUCCCUCGGUGAUCCAUGGAGCAUUCUAUUUUCCCUCGACUUCGCCUCGGGAAUAAAUAGAAUGCUCAAUGGAUCGUCUCGGGAGGCUAUAGUUUUACUACACCACUCGAAGAAGUCAAUAUUUGUACUCUAUGUAACCUCUCCUGAGGACGGAUGGAGUACACACUGUCCAAAAGUAUGAGAGCAUUCUAAAACUAAUUCUUGUAAAUUAAUCCAUGUUACAUUGUGUAACGGUAAACCCUUCUUAUAUAAGUAACAGUUUACUGAAAUGUGUCACAUUAUUAUUUAUGAAAAAUGAAUGCAACCGCUGUAAACUGCACACUGACUGGAUUGACCUGAAAUAUACAAAUCAAGAGAGUUGUAGGGCCUGGCGUUUCUAUCGUAGCGGGAUCUUGAGAAAGAUCCUGCAGGCAUGAAAACCUCAGAACCUCCAACUGAAUUAUUCAAUGCAACAGUAUGCAAAUUCAAGUGUGCAGGAUACAAUUCUUUGGAUAAAGGUGUUUCCAAUUUUGUGUACAUAAUAAAAAAAGACUUUAUGCCAUUUGUGCCUUAAA